CUGAUCUUAAAGUACAAAAACGAUAAGAAAACUGAAAGCGCCGGCGAAUCGACAACAGAUCCUAAAAAAUGAGUUUCAUUAACGGCCUUAAGAAGUUCGCUACAACGACUGUCGGUCUAAUGGCCAUCGGCAUCGGAUCCACCGCUCUCAUCUACACCACCCAUCGCCUAAUUAUUAAGCCCCAUUUAAACGAGAAACGACGACUGGAGGCGGAAGCAUGUGCGGAAUAUCUGUUCCAGCAGGAGACGCAUGCGUCGCCAGUCGCAGAAUUAAGACCGAAUCGGAGCGAUUACUAAUGCCAGUGAUUUUAUAAAAACCUCUUUUUACUUAUCGAGCCUAGGUAUAGGGAUUAGCUCAAAAUUUCAAUGCUGUAACCACUACGGUGGAUAAUGGAAUUUUACUUUCAUACUUUCAGUUUGGGAGGAGAGGACACGGUGUCCAUCUUCUAGAACCUAGCUCAUUUUCUUAUGUUCAAUUUAUAGAGUAGUAAACUAAGUCCAGGUUAUA